GUGAAAAAUUAUAGUAUAAAUUAUAUAUUCGUAAAUAAAUGUACACAAAUUUGUAUAAGUGAUCGACGAAUACAGUUAGAUGUGUUUGUGAUGUGGUUAUCUGACGCAGAACAAAUGAAGCGACGGAGGCCACGAUAUACCUUAAACACGACUGACCAAUGAUUGUUAAUACAAUGUUUUUCGUUAUUGGCCUAAUAGCAGGAUGUAUUGCGCUGGUGACGUCACAAAUGCCACCAGGCUUCAGCUUACCUGCGAUAACACACGUGGAUCGCAACUGGUUCGCCAUGUCCACUGAUCCCAUCGGUUCUGUAGUAACAAAGGUUCAUAGAGAACGAACUGGUUCGCGAGCCGUGACAUACGGACUGGAAACAAGUGGACCACCUUCCCCUUUCAAAAUUGAUCCAAACACUGGAGUUGUCACCGUCAAUGAUACAUUAAAGGAUAAGGAAAAUCGGUCUUACUCACUGUGGGUGACAGCUUUCGAUGGUUCUUCGAUUCCACAGAGAACAGAAAUCUUAGCUACAAUAACAGACAAUACUGGCUCAAGGCCAAAUGUACCUCGUCCACCGCCAUUCGCUCUACCAAGCUACCCAACUGUACCACUACCACCAAAGUUUACUAGAACUACGCACAGCACAACCAAAGCCGCAGAACCAUUUAUUGAAGAAAUAACAGUACCUGAUAUAACAACAACUACUUCUACUUUGAAAACAACUGCUAAAGUUGAAAAUGAUCCGCAUGAAGAUAAAAUGAUAGAAUCUGAUGAAACUAAAGGUAAUAGUUCAAAAAUACCAGUUGUAGAAACUCCCAUCGGAAAUGACGUCCCACUAACAGUGAUACCUCUUGUGGCAAUCGGUGGACUGGUAGCUAUUGUAGCUGGAGUUAUAAUUUUUGUUUGGAAAAAGAACGGUGGAAAGAAAACGAAAACUGAAAAAGAUGAUAUGAGCAAAGACUCAAGUGGCAUCGUGCUCCAAGAUUCACAUGCCCUCAACAUGUGGGACCGUCCUCGUGCAUAUUCAAAUCGUUAUGAGUCAUGGGAUAAUAACCAUUUACAGCUCUCAGAAGAAACGACAAUUAGUAAAGAAGAACCGCGCGAUGAAUGGGAGUUUCCAAGGCAUCGAAUAAGGAUUUUCAAUAUCGUCGGAGAAGGCGCCUUCGGCCAAGUUUGGCGCGCUCAAGCUAUUGAUAUUGAUGGCAAAAAAGGUGAGCAGACCGUAGCUGUGAAAACACUCAAAGAAAACGCGUCAGAAAAAGAAAAAUCUGAUUUAUUACAAGAAUUAACUGUCAUGAAGAAUUUAGGAACUCAUCCCAAUGUCGUCAGACUUAUAGGAUGCUGUACGGAAAAGGAACCUACUUUUGUGAUAAUGGAGUUCGUUAGCCUGGGUAAGCUGCAGCAGUUCCUUCGUGACUCCAGAGCUGAGCGCCACUAUGGAAACACGCAUGGAGGCAGCCAGUUCCUCACUUCACGGGACUUGACCCACUUCGCUUUUCAAGUUGCCAGGGGAAUGGACUUCUUGAGCUCUAAAGGGAUAAUACACAGAGAUCUAGCGGCUCGAAACGUUCUUAUCACGGAAGAGAGAACGUGUAAAGUGGCGGAUUUCGGAUUUGCGAGGGACGUAGCUGGGACUCACGUUUAUGAACGCAAGAGCGAUGGACGUCUGCCAAUUAGAUGGAUGGCACCAGAAUCGUUAUACGACGAUAUAUUUAGCGUAAAAUCAGACAUUUGGAGUUUCGGUGUACUUCUCUGGGAAAUCGUUACACUGGGUUCAACUCCUUACCCAGGCUUAUCAGCAGGAGAUGUCAUGAGAAAGGUACGAGAAGGCCAUCGCUUAGAAAAGCCGGAACACUGUCGUCGCGAACUGUACAAUAUUAUGUACUACUGCUGGGAGGCGGAACCAACGUCACGUCCGGACUUCAAGGAAGUAGUGGGCAUGUUGGAACGGCUGCUGUGCACGGAGAUGGAUUAUAUCGAACUGGAACGCUUCCCCGAUCAUUCGUAUUAUAAUGUACAGCAUCUGGACGGAGAGAAACUAUAAAAUCAUAUAAGUUACUGAUUUAAUAUAUCGUCUCUAAAUUGAUCUGAAUUAAAUAGACAAUCUCGAUAUGCCAGUAUCAAAUGUACUUAGAGUUGCAAUCGUUGUUGCAAUUCGUAUGAUUAUCGUUGUUUAUAUUUUAUUAAUCUGUGUAUAAAAGCUGAAUACCAAGUGAUUAGCUUAACACAAGCUGAAUAAAUAAAAAAUCACAAAUUAACGCUCGCAUAAAAUUUUAUAUUAAACAUUUUGAUUUUGUUGACGUAUUUUUAUAUUACUAAGCAAUAAAGAAACAGUUUCGAGCAUACGUAAAUAAGAAUCAUAAAAAAAAUAUUAUGUAUAUACCUAUGUAUGUUAUAUAGAGGGUAUCUUUCAUUAUAUAUUUAUGUGACAUUUAACGUUAUUUACUUUUUAAUUAAUAGUCACAGAUAUAUAUAAAGUAUCUUUCAAUCUGAGUUUAUGUAUAAUUGUCUAAUUAUACAUUAUAAUUUAUUUUAUGUAUAAUUUUACGUGACUACCUCUAAUUUAUCAUUCGUUCAUGUUUUUCUUUCACGGGUGUGCUGGAAGAAAUAUCUUCAAGGAUAAGACAAUCUUAGAUCUAUUUAAACUGUUUCAAAUCAGGAAAAAUUAAUAAAGUUAUAUGAUUCAAAAUUAUAAAAUCAAUUAACUUAAAUAAAAUCUGAGAUUACUUAGUAUAUAACGCUCUUAUUAUUAUUCUAAGUAGCUACUAGUCCUCUAUAAAGUAGUAUUUGAUAAGAAUUAUCGAUUACAUACAUAAGAUAUUAAAAAAAAGGUUGUAUAUAAAUUGUAUUAAGGUAUAUUCUUUGUAAUAAAUGUUGUUAAAAUUA